UAUGUAACAACAUUAUCUUGAUCUUACUAAUCCUGCCAAUGUUUCUCCAUCAGCAAAUGCAGCUGCAGGAACUACUAAUAGAAGUACUUUAGAUGAAGAUUGGUUGUUGAUUGCUGGUAUUGUACUAGCAUUUUCUUAAUUGGGAUUUGGAUUUUUGGAGGCUGGAUCUGUUAGAUAUAAGAAUGCCUAAUCAAUAGUUAUAAAGGUAUUUCUUGGAAUGUGUUUAACAGUAUUAAUAUAUUGGUUGGUAAAAUGAUGUUUUAAUAAUUCAAAAUAGUUUGGGUAUGGAUUUUCUUAUGGUGAUGAUUUUGGAACAUAUUUUAUGGGAGGUACAAAACUUGGAGCAUACAAUUGGGCAGCAACAGAAGCAUAAAAUGAUUAUUCAAAUUUUGGUAGUUAAUUUUAAUAAUAAUAUUAGUGUUCAAAGCAACAUUAUCAUGUAUAGGAGUAUCAAUAGUAUCUGGUGGAGCAGCUGAAAGAUUAACAUUUUUAGCCUGGGGUGUUUUGGCUCUCUUUUAUUCAGGAUUUGUAUCUCCAGCAAUAGUUCAUUGGACUAAUGCUAAUGGAUGGUUAACUAAAUUAGGAUAUAAAGACUUGGCAGGAUCUGGAUUUAUAUUCUAUUCAGCUGGUGUUGCUGCUUUAGUAGUGACAGUAGUAUCUAAACCAAGAAAAUAUAGAUUUGAUACAAAUUCUACUUUAAAUUUUUAACCAUUCAGUUCAAUAUAUGUGGCAUUUGGAACAGUAAUACUUUUUGCUACUUGGAUGUUCAUAAAUGGUGGUUAAAUUUAAUCUGGUUCAUCUACUCCAUAUGUUUAAGGAUUAGUAGCAGUUAAUACUUUAAUAGCUGGAGCUGCAGGUGGAUUUUGGAGUUUUGUUAUAAGAUAUUUGACAAAAGAAACAACAAGUUUAUUUUCAAUUUCUAGAGGAAUAUUGGCUGGAUUGGUGGCAAGUUCAGCUGCUGCUCAUGAAUCUUAGAUUUGGGCUACUUCUAUUGUUGCUUCAAUUGCUGGCAUUGUUUAUACAUUAACAGCUACAGCUUUACCUAAAUUUAAAUUAGAUGAUCCAGUCUAAAUUGUACCUAUUUUCUUGGUAUUUAAUUAAUUUAAUCUUAGCAUGGUGGAUUUAUUGGUGUCUUUUUUACUGGAUUAUUAGAUGUAAAUGGUGGAUUAUUUUAUGGAAAAGGAAUGAAAUUAGUAGGUUGUUAAUUAUUAGGAUUAUUAAUUAUCACAGUUUGGGUUGCCUUUUUUGUUUUCUUCAUCUUAAUAGUUCUCAAAGGAUUUGCUGUUUUGAGAAUUGAUUCAGAUGCUGAAGUAGCUGGCAUUGAUAAAGAAAAAUGUAUUUUUUAAUUAAUAUUUAUUAGGUAAUUAUGAAGCCAUUUCAUUUUCUAAUGAAGAUCCAUAAUAAGUCAACAUUAUAAAAUCAGUAUCACAUUGAUUCAUUUAUAUAUUAAUAUUCAUAUUUUAAAUGUAUUAAUAAUAAUUUGUAAAACCUCCCAAACAGAUUAAGAGUAAGGCUUUUAAAGACAGACUUAAAGGACAUAAAGAUGCUAUAAUUACAUUGAUUAGUCCUUAUGGAAAUAAUGGCAAUUAUCUUUAUUCAGCUUCUAGAGAUGGAAAUGUUAAAAGUAUUUAUAUAACUACUUAAGGUUGGGAUCUAUUAAAUAGAUAAAUUGCAUCCAAAUUUCUGAUAUCCAAAAUAUCAGAUGAUAUUACAGUAUAAGAUUAAGAUGAAAAUCAAUAAACUAUGAAAGGAAAUAUCAUAUGUGCAGCAACAUUUUCUGAAUUCAAUAUCUAUGUUGGAUAUGAUGAUGGUUUCAUCAAAUCUAAUAAUAUUAAAACUGGAGAGUCAGUCUAUGCUUAUCAAGGACAUAAGGCUUAAAUCACAUCUAUUCAUUUCUUAAAUAUUAGAUAAUUGGCAUCUAGCUCUUUAGAUGGUACUGUGAGAUUAUGGGAUACCACUAGCAAUGAAUGUGAAGUUAUCUUUAACAUAGGAUAUCCAAUCAAUUUGAUGAAUGUCAUCUUUGACAAGGAAAUUAAUUUAUUAUAUGGCAAAAAUACUAUAGUCUAAAUAGAUCCUUAUAAAUAAUCUAUUGUUAGAAGUGUUCAAUUCCCUAAUUUUACUAUUAUGUCAUAUUUAGUACAUAAGACCCUUUUGAUUCUUGGUACUAUUGAUAAUUUUAUGCACAUUUAUGAAAUCCAAUAAUUAGAUUAACCUAAUCCAUAACCUAUUAAAGUAAUUGUUGGUUUACAUGGAUGGGCUUUAUGUAUGUUGGUUCAUGAUCCAUAUUUGUAUGUUGGAACUGAUGAUAAAAAAAUCAAAGUUUAUGAAAUGAAAACUUGGGAAUUAAAAGAAGAGUUUUCAGGACAUAUUGAUGGAGUUACUACUUUGGCAUUAGCUAAUGGACUCCUUUAUUCUGGUUCAUAUGAUCAUCUAAUCAGAUCUUGGGAUCUUGAAGAAAUGUAUUAAAGAAUAAGAGAAAGAGCCAUAAUGUAAAAGGAAGAUUUAAAUGUAACUAUAUUUAAUAAAUAAAUAGAGUAGACGAUAUGAUGUUUAUUUAAAGAGUUUGCCAAAAAAAAAAAAAGGAUUGCCAAAGAAAAAAAAGUGA